CUGAAGGCAGAUCUGAGCAGCAAUGCAUGCAUUGGUCAACCAUGAGAUGCAUCCUGUCGGUUUUAUUCAUAACUUCUGCACCCGGAGCUCACCUGUUGCUCAGGCGGAGAGGCAGCGGCAUGGAAGAUCAGCGCAGCUAUGGGCGCAUCAGCGGCUUUGCCGAAGCCUAUUUGCUACCCAGGACUGCGGCAAGAGCACGUGGCAAGCAUCGCAGCUUGAUCCGAGGGCAGCUUCAAGACUCAUCGCGAGGCGAGAAGGGGCCGACGAAGGCGAGCAUCCUCUGUGAUGACGGGCCGGCAUGGCAGCCGGCGCUGAUCGAUUGGAUAUGUGCGAAUGGAGGGCGGGUGGGCGAUGCUGUCGAGUGUCGCACUGAGGCACUCAACGACGGGAAGUCCUUGCGAGGUGCACUGAAGCCAUGCCUUUGACCGCUGUGUGUGUUUGUGCCAUUGUUGUGCCCUCUGUUCAGGGUUGAUGGCCAUGCGACCAAUCGAAGGCCAACGGGUCAUUGCAGAGGUCCCGCUGACGUGCUGCGUUAGCUCUGAUGAGUCGAUGUUUCUCGAGACGCCCCUAGCUGCUGCCGUGGUCGAGACGAGCUCAGAGAAGCUGAAAGCCAUGCCUUGGCACAGUCGGUAAGGCUGGUGGAGAGAUGGUUUCCUCGUCUGUCUUUUGCUACGCCCAUGUGUGUGUGGCUGUUCUGCAUUCAGUAUGGCCAUUGCUCUGCUGUACGAGAGGCGGAAGGGGCCGGCAUCGAUGUUUGCUCCCUGGCUCGAGUCGCUGCCCGAGCCGCCCACACUGCCGGUAAGUAAGAUGCAGGAGUGUGCGUGGACAAACGAAAUGCAUUUCGAGACGAUGGGCCAGUCGUGAUGUGUGCUCUUCUUCAGGUUGAUUGGCCUGAGGAGCUGGUUCGCCUGGCGGGGUCUGAGGAGCUCGAGGUGAUGGUCGACGAGCAGUCUGUGUACACAGCCGAGCUCUACAUGGACAUACAGGUGAGUGGGUGAAGACGGGCAUGGGAAUCGAUGAAAAGAGGAUUUUCAUGGUCACGUGAUGCAGGAUCUGUUUGAGUCGCUUCCCCAGCAGCUGAGGUCGCAGGUGAGGCAGCGAGGAAGAGAGGCAGAAGGCACCAUCGAUCGAUUGGCCUUUCUCACUGUUUGGCAGGUGGAGUUUCCUGAGGAGGAGUUCCGAGCCGCCCACCGCCUCGUCACCACCCGCACCAUGAGGCUGCCACUAGACCGAGAGCCGCUGAGGGCAGUGGUGCCGUUGAUAGACCUCGCCAACCACAACGACAAGCCAAACUGUCACUUCCAACUCAACGAUGCCAAAGACGCCGUGCAGCUCAUCUACACUGGUGAGGUGCCGCUGCAGCCGCCCUGUCAGCUGACCAUCGACUACGGCGUUGAAGGAGGGGAAGCUGAGUGUCUCGGCAAGUACGGCUUCUUGCCGCCAUUGGGCGAGAGCGAGGGACAUUGUGAUGAUGUGCUUGGCCUUGGUGAGCUGUUUCGGUUGUGUUGUGGUGCCGAUUGGCGGAAGUUGGAUGAGAAGAGUGUGGCUGACCUGCUGGAUAGGCUGGAGGCUGUAGACAGUGUCAGUGGGGAUGAUGAGUGUGGGGAGGCGAGAGACUGGCUGCUGAGAUGGUCACGAAGACGGAUACGCCGUGCCUUUGUGGCGUGAAGGACGUCUCUCGGAGGGCGUCUUUGCGAUGUCCAAUGCCCCAAAACCCUCCCCCUCGACUACGACAGACAGCGGAUGUCGGUUCCCGCAAGCAAACUUGGGGGAGGAUGACGCAUAGGCUUCCGGGGCCGCCAACAUAUUCAAGUCAUUUCCAUGCGGG